GAUCCAAUUGCAGGCACUCGUGGAGGUGCGAAGGAGGUUUAUUGUAAAAUCAAACACAAGUUGAAAACGGCAAAUGGAACUAAAGAUAAUCUGAACUGGAAAAACUAAACUACUAAACACGAACAUGAAGGAGGGUGAGCAGAGGCAUAUAGAGGUGGAUAGCAGGGAAAACACACGGAUGAAACACGGUAGAUUCACAGUUGACACAUGGGAGGUUAACAGACGGACCAGCGACUACAACAUAAGAAGACACUACUCAAAUACACACAGAAGAACACAGGGAGAUUACACACAGGUGGGGAACACUGGAAGUAAUUAAUGGGACGAGAUAAGGGAGGCAAAACUGAAUACACUCACAUGAGACACGGACCUUCAUAAUAAAACAGGAAACAAGAAACAACUGCAGAAAGACGCAGACAAGACACAGAACUAAAUCUACACUAAACAUGUGUUCCGCUCUUAAUUUUACUGCAAUAUAGGCGCUCUUUGUAGUGAGCUAAUUUUAUUUUGAAAUUCGUUUUAUUUUGAAAACCAGUUUUGGGAAGUGACAGGAAGUCAGCCAUGUUUGUUUAGUUCUUAGCAGAUCACAUGUGGGGAAAUUUGAUCCAGCGACAUCUGCCUUUUCUUUGUGCCAUCGACACCACCGUCUUUUUACUCCAUGAGGAAAUACUAAUUAAAAGGAGUUGGACGCUACAUCCUGACUUCGCGCGUGAUUUCAAGUGGAGUUAGGCUACUGCUGAAUUGUGUAGCAUAUACACACAAGGAGAGCAGGAUAGUAAAAAGACGGUCAGCAGCUGGCAAAACAACUCUACGACAGCAAGCUAUGUCAACAAACAUGGACGAAGCACACUCCAAAGGUGCAAGACCUAAGGAACCAAAGCCUCCUCAAGACGGAGCAUCAGUUAAAAGCGCUAGUUCAGUUUCCAGAUAUUCAAGUAGAUCAAAUGUCAGUGCAGCAGCAGCGCAUGGGAGAGCCAAGGCAGAAGCUGCUCGCGCACGUGUUGCCUUCGCACAGAGAGAGAUCAGCAUUAAAGUUGACAAAGCAAGAUUAGAAGCUAAUCUCGAAGCCUUAAAUCUGGAAAAGGAAGCUGCAGCUGCAAUUGCACAAGCAGAAGUUUUGGAAGCAGCAGCAGAGAUAGAGGUUAAAGCACAUUCAAGUUGGAAAAGUCUCCCAGUUAUGGUGCAGAGUACACAUGAACGUGUAAGUAACUAUAUCAGAGACCAAACUAUGCAGCUUAACCAACGCGAUGAACCAGUCAAUCUCUCAAUAUCAGAGCAUCCCAUCGAGAAGAGCCCUCCACCAUCGGCUAAGUACAUUAUUAAAGAUGAGUAUAUUGUGAAAGACACAUGGCCCACACUUUUCCAGCCACAACCAAGUUCCAAGGUAACGCAUGCAUACCAAACCGCUCACACCUCUAUCCCAUCAGCUCAGCCAGAUAUAAACGCUCGCCUCCAAGUUAACAGUGAGGGACUCCUGCAAGAACAAAAGAGCAAUACACCCUACACUAAACCAGAGCUAAUUUUUCCUCAGUACUCUAACAAUUCUCAUACACACCCUCCAGAGUCUUCAGUGAUGAUGGACAUGGCGAAGUACCUGGCACGAAAAGAGCUUGUGAGCACUGGCUUAACCCACUUUGAUGAUCAUCCAGAGUCAUUCAGGGCAUGGAAAUCUGCCUUCUCCAAUACCAUUAAGGGUUUGGACCUUACUGCAAGUGAACAGCUGGAUUUACUUUCAAAAUGGCUUGGGAAGGAAUCUUCUGCAUACGUCAAGCGCCUAAGAGCAGUUCAUAUUGACAACCCAAAUACUGCACUCAAAAUGGUCUGGGACAGGCUCGAUGAACGCUACGGUGCUCCAGAAGUCAUCGGAAGUGCCCUCUUUAGGAAGUUGGACAGCUUUCCUAAAAUAACAAACAAGGACAAUUACAGGUUAAGGGAUCUUGGAGAUCUAUUGAUGGAACUACUUUCAGCAAAAGAGGAUGGCUACUUGCCCGGCUUAGCAUACCUGGAUACCGCCCGUGGCAUCAAACCCAUCUUGGAAAAACUGCCAUAUAACCUGCAAGAAAAAUGGAUCACUCAAGGGUCGAAAUACAAAGAGGACUACAAGGUUGGUUAUCCCCCCUUUUCCUUUUUUACUUCCUUCAUCUGCUAUCAAGCUAAAACAAGAAACGAUCCCAGCUUUGCUCUUUCUGGAAGCAGUCCUGUCACAGAAAAGCCUAUCUCACGCCACACAAAUUUAAGAACCCCAGUCUCAGUGCAUACAACCAAAGUCGUUUCUGAGGCCCCACAAAGCGAUCCAGAUCCUAGAGAGGAUAUAUCCAAGCAUUGCCCCAUCCAUAAAAAACCCCACCCCUUAAAGAAAUGCCGUGGGUUCAGGCUAAAGACUAUUGAAGAACGCAAAAUGUACUUGAAAGAUCAAGGCAUCUGUUUCAAAUGCUGUGCAUCCACAUCUCAUCUCGCACGAGACUGCAAAGUCGUCCUGAAAUGUGAUGAGUGCAACAGUGACAAGCACAUCACAGCUCUUCAUCCCGGUCCACCACAACUGUCCACCAAGGCCUUAAGUCCCCCAACAGGUGACGGCAGGGAGCCGGAAAAAGAGGACACUAUCCCAGAACCAGUUGCAAGCCCUGCACUGAAGUUUGUGGCGAUUGCGCCAGGUCAAAAUCUUGUUCCAAGAUAUGUCUUGUUAAGGUUUACCCUAAAGAGUGCCCACAACAAGCCAUCAAAAUGUAUGCUAUGCUCGAUGACCAGAGCAACAAGUCUCUAGCCAGGUCAGAGUUCUUCA